GGGAGGACCAAGAGGCAAAGUUAAGGCGGGAAAUCCUCUCUCGCCCUCCUCCCUCCGGCCCCUCCACCAGCCCCUCCUCCAGCCCCACUCGACCUCACCAUGUCCCUCUCCACCUACGAGAAGAUCGAGAAGAUAGGCGAGGGCACUUACGGCGUCGUGUACAAGGCCCACGACCUCGUAACCAAGAGAAUUGUCGCCCUUAAGAAGAUUCGGCUGGAGAAUGAGAGUGAUGGCGUCCCUAGCACGGCCCUACGAGAAAUCUCCCUCCUGAAGGAGCUGGAGCAUGACAACAUAGUGCGUCUGCUGGAUGUGGUGUACGGGGAGCGCAAGCUGUACAUGGUGUUUGAAUACCUCAAUCAGGACCUCAAGAAACUUUUUGAUGAGAAUCGCAUGGGACUUCCACUGGAUCUGGUGUGUAGCUACAUGCAGCAGCUCCUGAAGGGCAUCUCCUACCUGCACACACACCGCAUCCUUCACCGAGAUCUCAAGCCACAGAAUCUCCUCAUUGAUGCCAAAGGAGCCAUCAAACUGGCUGACUUAGGACUCGCACGCACUUUCUGCUUGCCGAUGCGCCCCUACACACACGAAGUUGUUACCCUGUGGUACCGUGCCCCAGAGAUCCUCCUUGGAGCAAAGAGCUACUGUACUGCUGUGGAUAUGUGGAGCUUGGGGGCCAUUUUUGCUGAAAUGCUUACCACCAAGGCUCUGUUUCCUGGUGAUUCGGAGAUUGACCAGCUGUUCCGUAUCUUCCGCACGCUUGGCACCCCAGGAGAGCAGGAGUGGCCGGGUGUGACACAGCUUCCAGAUUACAAGAGCACCUUUCCUCGCUGGGAGAUUGAUGCCAAUGCCUCCCUCACACAGCUCAUCCCAAGACUGGACAGCACUGGCCGCUCCCUGCUACUGAGCAUGCUGACCUACUACCCUCGGAAGAGAGUGACGGCUAAACAGGCGUUGGCUCACACCUAUUUCAAUGAUGUGUACAUGGUGCCACCUCCAGGCCUCCACUAACCUCCCUGGCUUCCUGUGAGUUGACUGCUGCUGUAGUGGGUGUUGCUGGAGGGAUUGUUGUGCUGUACACUUUCUCAGUUAUUGCUCAAACCUUAACUCACAAGUGACUGGUGGGUAUUUGUUGCAGUUCAUCUCUCUGGAAGUGCAGUCUUUUAUUUUGGUUCAUUCCUUGUCUUGGCAUUUAUUGUGUGCCAUUUAUUGUGUUACUUCGUGCUUGGAUCUUUCCUUUUGCACUGCUUUCCUAGUCUUUGUCUAUUUAGUGCCUAUAGUUUUAGUGGGUUCAGCUAUGAAAGCUGCAUUCCUACUCAAUGUAUCAAAGCCACAUUCCUCUUCUGUCAUGAAGCAACAUUCCCCUCCCUUUAAAUUGAAUGGGAAAGAGCUUUCCCAGCAUUCCUUUAUGGUUUGAUGCACAUUUCUUUACUAUUCACAUAUGGACUGUCCAAUAAGGGUAUUUCAGUUUUUGCUUGGUUUAAAGUGAUAUGCUCAAGUUACAUAUAUGUGAAUGCAUUAUUAAUUACUUAGUAUUUUGAUAAAGUUGUAUUAACAUGCUUCCAUUUAUGUGGUGUAUUAACCUGUAUAAUGGCUCCCUCAUAUCUUAUCUUGAACAUUUUCUGCUGGGGCAUUUGUGACAUAAUUAGUUAAGCUUUUAUUCAGUUUGAUUGGAUGGGAUGCAGAUAAUGAUGAGCCAUUUCAAGGAAAAAAUACACUUCACCUCUUAAAAAGUAGAUAUAUUUAAAUUUUAUAUACAAAAUAUGUAGAUAUUGUAUAAUUUUAAGGAAAAAUGGGCAUUAUUAUAAUUUGCAUAACAUUUUUUUUAGAUCAAUGUAGACUGCCAAGAUUUCACUGAUGAGUGAUACAACUGUGAUAAUCCAUUUUAAGCAUUGAUCACUGUCAAGAUUUGUGGUGUUGAUGUGGCAGCAGCAGCAGCAGGCAGUGCAUGUAUAGUGGUGUGUUGUGUGGUGAUGCUGAGACCGGCUCUACUGUGUGCCAUAAUCAAAUGAGUAAAGACUCCUUAGGCAUGUAACAAGUGCUUCAUGUGUUGUUCAUGCUGCCUUCACUGCUGCCACCUCAACCACUGGUUGGCAUUGAUUUGUUCCUGCUGCUACUUUUUAUAGCAUCAAUAAAGUUAAAUAUUUCCUGUAA